CGGUGUAGCUCGGCAGACAGUGAAGGGUUAACGUGUAAUAGGAUGAAUGGAUAUUGUGACGAACAGAGUCUGAUUACAGCCUGAGAAGACAGGCUGGGUUGUGGAGGGACGACUCCUUCGCUAUCGAUCUUAGUGCUUCCAUAAACUUUAGAGGUAAGCACACGCCAUUUCAUUUUAGCCGCGGAAAAUAUUGCGUGUUUUACACAGACACCGAACCUGCUAACGAGGUUAAAUCCAGGCAUUUUACGUUGAUGCAUCGUGGCGGAGGGGAGUACGACUUAUACAAGAUGUUGAAAUGAAGAUUUUUAACAUUGGACCGAGAAUUCGCUUUUAACAUCUAAUUGUUCAAGUGUCAACCCGAGAGGGAAACAACAACCCCCAGGUGCAUUCUUUACUUCUGGGGUCCUCCAGCACGGAGCGAAACAGGCUUUAUCUGCUCCACUGUCUUCCAAGCCCGGGAGACAUCCUUUGGGACAUCUGUACAUAUCUAUUUUUGUCUCUGUGAAGUUUCAUCUCAAGCCGCCAUCAUUCCGUGCUGCAAGGCGGACCGCAAAAUGUCCUCUGAUGGAGACCUAAAUACCCUUGAAAGCUGCAAUAGUUUCUGGGAGCCAGGAAACUACAAGAGAACGGUGAAGCGGGUAGACGAUGGCCAUCGACUAUGUAAUGAGUUGGUCAGCUGUUUCCAGGAACGUGCUAAGAUCGAGAAAAGCUAUGCUGUGCAGCUGAGUGACUGGGCCAAGAGGUGGAGAAGUGUGGUCGAGAAAGGGCCUCAGUAUGGUACCCUGGAGAAGGCGUGGCAUGCAUUCAUGCAGGCAGCCGAUCGGCUGUGUGAGCUGCAUCAAGAACUGCGUGACCAACUGGUUGGAGAAGACAGUGAGAAGGUGCGAUGUUGGCAGAAAGAAGCCUACCACAAACAGAUGAUGGGAAGUUUCAGGGAGACUAAGGAGGCUGACGAAGGCUUCCGCAAAGCCCAGAAACCAUGGGUCCGCAAAUUAAAAGAGGUGGACUCAACUAAAAAGAGUUAUCAUCAGGCCAAGAAGGAGGAAUGGACAGCCAUUAAUAGGGAAAGCCACGCUAAGGCCGACACAUCCAAGUCUCAAGAGGAAGUCAGCAAAUACACGACUCGGGUGGAGCGCUGCAACCAGGAGGCUGAAAAAGCAAAAGAGCAUUAUGAAAAGGCCCUAGAAGAGUUGAACCGCUGUAACCCUCGCUACAUGGAAGACAUGGAACAGGUGUUCGACCUCACCCAGGAAGCUGAGCGCAAGAGGCUGUUCUUCUUUAAAGAGGUUCUGCUGGACAUCCAUACACACCUUGACCUGUCCAGCAAAGAAGGUUUCAGAGAGCUGUACCAGGACCUGGGUCGGACCAUCCGAUCAGCGAAUGAGGCAGAAGAUCUCCGAUGGUGGAGGAACACCCACGGACCAGGAAUGAGCAUGAACUGGCCACAGUAUGAAGAGUGGUCGCCAGAGUCAAGUCGGCCAAUCAGCAGGAAGGAGCGAGAAUCUGAUGACAGUGUAGUCACCCUCACCAACAUUGUCACGUCAGGCAGAGUGAACGUCUCACCCAGCUCCAUCACCCAAAAUGCCACCAGGGUUGUGAAAGACUAUUCGUCAGACUGGUCCGAUGAAGAUAACCCAAAGAAGGUGGCAGAAAACGGUGUUGGAGAAUUGGAGGCCAAAGAGGAGCAGGUAGAGGGUGUGCGAGUCCGAGCGCUCUAUGAUUACACGGGUCAGGAGGGGGAUGAGCUCAGCUUCAAAGCAGAUGAGCAUGACGAGGGACACAUUCUGACCGGCUCCGAGGCUGGCAGUACUAGCGCCAGUUCAGGUCUACCUCUCGCUUCUACUUUCAUCGCGGCAGGGACGAAAGAGUACACUCAGGCCAGGAUAGACGAAAGUCACCGAGCAGUGGCUAAGUUUGUGGUCAAAGGCGUUCACCCAUUUGCCACAGUAGGUGCUCCUGAUUUUCGGAGAGGAGCUGCUGAAGCUGGGCGAGGAAGACGAGCAAGGCUGGUGUAAAGGACAGCUGAGCAGCGGCCAGGCGGGCCUUUAUCCCGCUAACUACGUCCAGCUCGCAAGCUCCUGAUGGAGAACCCCCCACCCUUCACUAGAGGACCACAUCUGUCAAAAUUAGCCCCGACUGGAUUACUGACUUAAAAACUUUCCGCCACUUUUAUGUUCCGCACAAUUCCGGAAAAACACUUUUAACAGCCACAACAAACGCCCGAAGAGAAUUCUAACAAACAAUGACAUCAUCCAUUUCCAACCGUCGUCCAUCUCACUUGACAUAAUCGUUGCGCUGCUUGGUGUGGUCAAUGCUAGCCAGGUGCCUAGCUAAGCUAUCUCCCGUUUCAUCAGAUUUAUUUAGAAAUAUUCUUUAAAAGAGAUUGUGUAAAAAAAAAAAAAAAAAAAAUGUACAAAACCAAAUAUGUAUUUUAGGAUACGUUUGUAAAUCCACAAAUGGAUUUCUUUGUUUUCUCUAUUCCUUUUACCCGGUGUUUGAAAAUAGAACUGCAUGUAGGUUAUAAUGCUUUGCGGCGCCGCCCUGCUGUCUGGCUGGGGGAUUACACACUCUGAUUCCAGCUGCUGUUUUUUUUUUUUCACCUUUAAAAACUAAAUUGCAAUGUAAGCAAGAUUUUUUUGUGACAUUUUCCCCCUUUUUUAGCGUCUUGUUGAAUUUGUCGAGUGUGUGACUUAUUUUCUUUUACACGCGAUCGCUUAGUCAGCUGAUUUUGGGUAUGCGGAUAGUCAUUAUUUUAUAAUUGUGUUUAAUAUAAUGAUGGCUCCAGAUUUUUCUGUAAAUUUAGCAGCGCUCUUUGCAUCGAUAGUGCAAGUUGAAGCACACAAUGAAAUAUCUUUGCAUGUUUUUAAGUUCAUGAGGGGACUUUUUCUCUGCUUUGGAUCAAAGAAACUAACGUGAGCAUUUUGAUUUUACUUUUUCUUCCCUAACAUGUCAUCUCUACAACACAUAAAGUUGUUAAUUCCA